AUAUACACACAACCAUCCUGGAGACUGGAGGCAAACUUCUGUCCAGGAUGUUGAACGCGAACAUCGGGGUCUCAGCGAGCUUGCUGGUGUUGAGACCAGCCUGGARAGCUGCUGGGAGUGAGGAGCAAACGAAAGGAAGGCUGUACCAGGCUAGAGCAAAGAGUCGUCUUCUCUGAUACCCCAGGCGGUUGCUGCUUGCAGAGGGCGUAUAGAAAAAAACCUUCCCUGCUUCCACAGCUGGUGCAUUAGGGAGCYGGAGCUGCAGGUGGCAUCCCCACUGCUGGGUCCUUAUGGCUGGUUCUCCAGGCCCUAGGGGCGCUGUGGUGACACUGGGGACCCCRUAGCUGUGCUUGCCAGCUUAGCAGCUCUCUGCCACCGCCACGGAGAGGCCAUGAGCGCCUAGCGCUCCCGGAGCAACAAGGCGGCUUCGAGAUGGCGGCUCAGAGGAUCCGGGCGGCCAACUCGAGCGGCCUGCCGCGCUGCAGGUCGGAGGGGACGCUCAUCGACCUCAGCGAGGGGUUCUCCGAAAACAGCUUGAGCGACGUCAAAGUGCCUUCCCCUAGUGCCUUGUUGAUAGACAAUCCCACAUCCUUUGGAAAUGCGAAGGAAGUAAUAGCGAUCAAAGAUUACUGUCCAACCAAUUUCACCACUUUGAAGUUCUCAAAGGGGGACCACCUCUACGUCUUAGACACGUCAGGAGGCGAGUGGUGGUAUGCCCACAACACUACAGAAAUGGGUUACAUCCCUUCCUCCUACGUGCAGCCUGUAAACUACCGCAACUCUUCCUUAACAGACAGCGGCAUGAUAGACAAUCUGCUGGAGAGCCCUGAUGAGGGGGUCAAGGAGCUGGACCUGCUUGGCGAAUGGACUGACGGGAAAAGAAAUUCUGCCAAAACCUACAGUAAUAACCCUUUCUUGAAUGGAGCCCAGACAAACCCAUUUCUAAAUGGGAAUUUGCAAACAAUGACCAGCUCUGACAAUGAGUCCAACUCCAAAGCUGCUGUUGACUUGCUUCUCUUUGACACGGGAGCUCCUAAUUCAGCAUUUUCCAGUUCAGCCGCUAACAGCAGCAUGGGUAACAUUUUUGAUGAGUUUCCAUGCACGAACAGGUUGGAGCUGGAGCAGACUGUGAAACGGGAUAAUCCCUUCUUUAGGAGCAAACGCUCCUACAGUUUGUCUGAGCUGUCCGUUCUACAAGCAAAGUCGGACACUCCAACAUCAUCGGGUUUCUUCAGUGGUUUGAAGUCUCCCACCCCGGAGCAGUUCCAGAGCAGGGAGGAUUUUAGGACCGCGUGGCUGAAUCACAGGAAGCUGGCCCGGUCUUGCCACGAUUUGGAUUUGCUUGGUCAGAGUCCUGGUUGGGGCCAGACACAACCUGUGGAGACCAACAUUGUCUGCAAACUGGAUAGUUCUGGUGGUGCUGUUCAGCUUCCAGACACAAACAUUAGCAUCCAUGUGCCAGAGGGUCAUGUGUGCCCUGGAGAAACACAGCAGAUCUCCAUGAAAGCAAUGCUGGAUCCUCCACUGGAGCUGAACAGUGACAAGUGCAGCACCAUCAGCCCAGUUCUACAGAUCAAACUGAGCAAUAUGGAGGUGAAAACCUUUAUCAUUCUGGAGAUGAAGGUGUCAACAGAGGUUAAGAAUGACAUAAUGAGCAAGAGUUUGGUGGGACUGCAGUGCCUGCGGAGCGAUAUGAAGGAGGGGCCAUACACACCAAUGCAGCUGAGCUAUUCGUAUGGGGACACAAUACAAGUCCAGCUGGAGAAUCUGGAGCCUUGCAUGUACAUCGCAGCUGUAGCCCAAGGGCAAAACAUCCUCUACCCUCACACUGUUUGGGAUUACAUCAGCAAGAAGAUCACAGUUGGUGUCUAUGGCCCAAAACACAUCCAUCCUUCUUUUAAAACUGUCGUGGCUGUGUUUGGGCAUGAAUGCGCACCCAAGACUCUACUGGUGAAUGAAGUCACACGACAGGCUCACAAUCCUGCUCCUGUCGCCCUGCAGCUUUGGGGUAAACAUCAAUUCACUUUGUCACGGCCUCAGGACCUCAAAAUCUGCAUGUUCUCCAACAUGACCAACUACGAGGUAAAAGCUAGUGAGCAAGCCAAAAUUGUACGAGGUUUCCAGAUGAAGCUGGGCAAGGUCAGCCGCCUUAUCUUUCCCAUUGCAUCUCAUGACCCCAAUGAGCUCUCAGACUUCACGUUGAGGAUACAGGUCAAGGAUGACAAGGAUGCGAUUUUGACUCAGUUCUGUGUCCAGACACCACAGCCUCCUCCUAAAAGUGCCAUCAAACCCACAGGGCAGAGGCGUUUUCUCAAGAAGAAUGAGGUUGGAAAGAUCAUCCUUUCACCUCUGGCUGCCACUGCCAAGUAUCCAGUUUUUCAGGACCGGCCAGUGUUGAACUUAAAGUAUGGCAAACUGCUGAAAACCGUGGUGCGGCAAACCAAGAACCACUAUUUGCUGGAAUACAAGAAAGGAGAUGUCAUAGCCCUCCUCAGUGAGGAGAAGAUCAGGUUGAAAGGGCAGCUGUGGACAAAAGAGUGGUAUAUUGGCUACUACCAGGGGAAGAUAGGCCUUGUGCACACCAAAAAUGUGCUUGUGGUUGGGAAGGUCAAGCCCAGCUACUUCAGUGGGCCUGAUCUCACUACCAGCCUGUUGCUUGAGCAAAUCUUGAGACCCUGCAAAUUUCUGACCUAUAUUUAUGCCUCAGUGAGGACUCUGCUCAUGGAGAACCUCAGCAGCUGGCGGUCGUUCGCCGAUGCACUAGGGUAUUUGAACUUGCCACUCACGUUUUUCUGCCGAGCAGAGCUGGACAGUGAGCCAGAGCGAGUGGCCUCUGUGCUGGAGAAGCUGAAGGAAGACUGCAACAACUCUGAGAACAAGGACAGGAAAUCUUUCCAGAAGGAGCUGAUGACGGCCUUGCUGAAAUUGGACUGCCAGGGGCUUGUCGUGAGGCUCAUUCAGGACUUUGUGCUGCUGACCACGGCCGUGGAGGUGGCCCAGCGCUGGAGGGAGCUCGCGGAGAAGCUGGUCAAGGUCUCCAAGCAGCAGAUGGAUGCCUACGAGGCCCCACACCGGGACAAAACGGGCGUGGUGGACAGUGAGGCCAUGUGGAAGCCGGCCUAUGACUUCCUCCUCACCUGGAGCAGCCAGAUCGGGGACAGCUACCGUGACGUGAUUCAGGAGCUGCACACAGGGCUGGACAAAAUGAAGAACCCCAUCACCAGGCGCUGGAAGCAUCUCACGGGCACGCUGAUCCUCGUCAACUCCUUGGACAUGCUUCGGGCAGCAGCCUUCAGCCCGCAAGACCAUGAAGAUUUUGCUAUCUAAGUGGGGUUUCCUGGAGCGAUACGUUCUUCCGCAUCUCAUUUGUUGGUACCACUCUUAACCAGGAGAUCUGGCGCUGCCCCUCGCACCUGGUUGAGGGAAUGGUUCAUCCUGCUGGUCAUCCCAGCUGGUUCCUUGUGGAAGAAGCUGGCGAGAGUUGUAGUUUGACAGACACCUGCUCCUUGCUGCCCUGUGGUGGAGGCUGGAAAGAUGCUGGGAAUGGUUAGCCCAUGGUUAGCCAUGGCAGUGAAAUGUGCUUGGACUCUUCUUUCCUGGAGUUCAUGGUCUGGGGAACUGGCCAGAAAAGCAGAGGAAUUGUUAAUUGUUGCAAUCUACAUAUCCCUUAAAAAAAGGAGAGAGAGAAGACAUCUCACCUGACUUGAAAUCCAAUCCAAAGCUCACUGGAGACUUGUUACUCACUGGAGAUUUGUUACACGACUUAAUGCUCAUUGUCAUUAAUUUCAGUGAGCUUUGAAUUGGGCUCUUAAAGGUUCCUGAAUUCCAAUUUAACUUGUAAAUAUUCUUUGCUAUAAAAAUGGUGCCAUGGAACUAAAUAGCACUAUGUGGCACUACGUGCCCAUACUUUUCCCCCUUCUUUUUAUAGCUAACUCUUUUGAACAACCUCCUCCUUCCUCCUGUUCCCCAGCUUUGAAAUAUUUUACGUGGGAGRAAAAUAUUUUUGCACAGAAAGAUGACUUUAUUUUAAGUGCGACGUUCCUUUAUAGCAAAAAGCUGCUACCACAGAGAAGUUAGUUGUUAAUGAUGCUUUCAUUUCAUGUUGAUCUAAAAGGAAACAAAGAAAAAUGCCCCAAAAUGGGAAAGGUCUUUUAAAUCCCAGAACUUUACACUGAUAGCAGCACACAAGAAACAGGCUACAUGGCCUUGCUGCCAGGCAUGAUGAGGACUUAUCAGUCAAUUGCAGGUGAUGGUAAUGUUCCUCCACUGCAAACCUGAAGAAGUUGCAGGUGACAUUAGCUCCCUGUCCAUAGCUGAGCUUGGGACAAUUUGGCUGGUUCGUGUUAUCUGGCUUUUCUCCCUGUGACCUAAGAUAAGGGCAGCAUGAUGUGAUCUGCCUGGUCCAUUCAGGAUGUGGGCAUUUGAUGGGCUCUUGGUGCACCAGCGGAUCGUGCUAGCAGAACAGUCUCUGAAGGGAGUAGUAGUCUUACAAGGACUAUGUAUUCCUGUCUGCUCUCAUGUCCUCUACCCAAAAGCAGAUCUCUGGAAACAUUUGCUCUCACUUUAGACCCAUCAAAAAAAGUAAAUAGCACCUCAAUUUCUCCUCAGGGGCUUUAAGGAGUUUCCUAUGCAACCCACCAUAGCACAGAAAUAGAGUCUGUCAGGCCCACCUGAGCCCACCUUGUAUUUGCUUUUUACUUACAAGAACAUACCACCAUCAGAGCAUGUUUUCCGUGCACCAAGCAAAAAUCCCCGUUGCAGUGAGGAGAGGGGUUGAGCUGACGGGCAGAUCUGCUCCUGGGCCAACUCAUGGACAGCGUGGAGUUUUUUCCUAUCUGCUUUACCCAAAUACUGUUUUUUGCUGUUGAAGAGGCACGUGCUGAAUGAGGCCUCGGUCCUGCGAGCAGAGCUGUGCUGGUCCAGAGCUCUGCAGAGCGGCUGAGCCUUGGCAGAGGCGCUUGCAGCGCUUGAGCCAGGUUGCUGCAGGGGGCAAAGGAGGAAGGAGGUGGGAGAAAAGCCCUUGCUUGUCUCCUAAGCCUUCAGGGCAGAAGUUUUGCCCUCUUGCAGUGCUGAUAUGUUAGGAACGUCCCUGGAUAAUUCCAACAUUAUGUUUUUUCCCCCAUUGUUUUUUCUAUCUACCUCAGGUACUCUGUACACCCGGCUUAACAUUUCAGCAUCAGCCUAAAAUAUGCCACACUCAGCUCUUCUGCUGUAGGCAUCUGCCCUCACCCUUCCUGAAAACCACACGAGCACAGCCGUCACGUUUUGGGAUCGAUGGAAUAACCA